AUGUCAGUAACAUUCUUUCCAAUUAUAAACAAUCCAAUGGAUUUAACAGCCGAACCAGAUCAUUCACCAGAUACGAAAAAGGAUAUCUCAAAUAACAAUUCGUCAGAUAAUUCAGACAACGUAACAGAUGAAAAACCAUACCUCAGCUUACCAAUUAAUAGAUGGGAAGUAAAUCCAAAGGAAGUGACAGUAGAAGUCAAGUCAUUUAUUACAAUGGAUUGCCAUGCAGUAAAGCUGGAUAUAAGUAAAGCUAUUCCAACCAGGAAAACAGAAUGGUGGACAGGCUUCAAUUUUGGUGACUUUAUUAGGCCAUACAACCAAGUCUACGGGUUAGUGGUAGAUGGCGAUCAAGUUAUUUGGAAAUCUACAAAACCAAAUGAAUGUGGUUUGAAAGUUGAGUUAUUUUAUCUAUUGAACAGACCUGAUAUGGUUAUAAUCCUGCUAGAAAACCUUGGUCUUCAUAUUUCCCAGAAAUAUAAAUGUGAAGAGUGUGAAAAACUGUCAGAACAAGAAAGAAGAUUAACAUGGGCUGUAAAAGGUGGAUGCGAAAGAUGCUGGGCCAGGGAUGAGUGGGUAGAUGUUACUCACAAGUUCUUCGAUCCCUUCAAAUUAAGAUUUUAUCCUGAAGAUGGGGGCGAAACUGAAAAACAACCAAUGGAUUAUGAUGUAUCACUAAAAGGUUACAACUAUGAAAUAGAGUUAAAGGAACCGUGUGCUUACCUUACAUACGGCGACAGGAUCCUAUUCUCACAACGCGGAAAAACCAAAGGAACGUCCAUUACAAAAAUUAAUUAUCAUAUUGUGUAUAUGACUUUAAGACUUAAGCUGACUGAUGGAAGAACCCUAGAACGCAGAUACGAGCCGGAAAACGAGAUUCAACCGGAACCCAAAAUUGAAACGUACGAAGAUGAGGAAAUAUAUAAUGUUACUAUGUAUUGCAAAGAUUGUACAACGAAGGACAGAGUCAUUAGGGAAGCAAUUAAGGAGCCAAAAUUUAAAAUACCAUCAAGCCAAUCUAAAAAGAAACAAAAAACUAAAUAA